AUGUUGAUCUCUGGAUUAAGAGAGCCGGUCUACCGCGAAAUUACGGAGGAUGCACCCAUGGUGGUGCCACAGAGGCGUCCAAUGGUCAGAAGCCUCAAGGAUAGAAUUACAAAUAUUGUUAGCAUGUAUGUGCCCAAUGGAUCAUCGCAUGAGUCUCCUCUAUUUGCGUCAAAAAAUUCUCAACUGAAGCACGACCUUGUUGAUGACAAUGACGUUGCUCACAUAAACGAUCACUUUGGACUUCUAAGUCUGGGAGAAUUGGAGAAUCAGGUGGAAUCUGGAAAAUCCGGGCUCUGUCAUAUCGUACCUUUUAUUGAUAAAGGCACUCUUGUCACUUCCAUUCUUAAUGAACUUCAAAAUUCAGCCUACACUAUUAGUCCUUCGGAUUUUGUCAUUUCUUGCAUGGCUACAGACAGUAUUUAUCUCUAUUUUGGUGUGCAGAGUCUCCCAUUCCUCUUUAAAUUUGAAAUCGCUUUGUUAAAUACCUCACUCGAGAGACCGUAUCCAGUCACAAAAAUCCACUUGAAAACAGCUGAGUCCGUCGAUUUAAUUCCCUCUAAAGUCUGCCUAAAGUCUUGUCGCAACGAAACGAGUGAGUUCUACGUCAUUGGUACAGCGCAACUGGAAGCCUCCCUGAUUCACAUCCUUGCUUGCUACUCCAUCGACGGCAGGUUGAUAGCUCAGACACGAAAAUACCUCUAUCAACGGUAUCUCGCAAUUGAUGUUGACACAGAUGGAAAUAUUCUUUUGGGCUGCACAUCACGUUCAAUCGAUGAUGAUGCUAAUCACCCCAGCAACGCACAAAUAUGCAAACUAACGCCUCAUUUUGAGCGUCGGAUUUUCUCUGUCACUUUGCGAAAAGGUUCCACCUCCUACUGUCCUGAUUGGAUAACUAGGUCGUGCGUCCAAGGUCAGUGUUGGGCUUCCGUCAGUCGGUGGGACAGCGAGACAAAGCGGAUGGUUCGACGAAUAGUCGCCUUUCCCGGCGUACAACCUGAAUGCGAGUCAGAAGGCGAAGUUGUGCGCAGUCCCAAAGAAUGGCUUCAUGUGACCUCCUGGAGCUUUGAGGUGUUUUCUGCGGGCUCUGUAUUCGCACUGGAUUCUCAACGGCUACUCACAAUUGACGCCGAACAGAGGAGUCUAGCAAUGAUAACAUGGACCGAGGGACAGAAGGGUGUUAGCUUGCAGAGGCUUACCAAACCAGGUGCACGAAAAAUUGAUCAUUUCUGUGUCUCCAACACCUAUCCUCCGGUCGCCUACUUGGCGUCAGAGGGCGACAUCUUCACAUUCAUCCCCACGGGCGAGGAUACCACCGUCUCCAUUGUCUCCGCCUAA